AUGGAAAUCGAAUCCAAUGAAUAUCCAGUCCUAGUGGAAAUGGAAGAAGAAGAAAUUCCAGUUCACACUCCAGCAGUAGUAAAAGAACCCCCUAAAAUCCACCGCCUCGACGAGUCAGUCGUCAACCGAAUUGCCGCGGGAGAGGUCAUCCAACGUCCAGUGUCCGCCGUCAAAGAGCUCGUAGAGAACAGCCUCGACGCCUGCUCCGCCUCCAUAAACGUUGUUGUUAAGGACGGUGGCCUCAAACUCAUCCAAGUCUCCGACGACGGCCAUGGCAUCCGAUAUGAGGAUUUGCCGAUACUGUGUGAGAGGCACACGACAUCAAAAUUGUCUACGUUUGAGGAUUUACAAGGGAUAAAGUCGAUGGGAUUUAGAGGGGAGGCGUUGGCCAGUAUGACCUAUGUGGGUCACGUGACAGUAACGACCAUUACCAAAGGUCAAUUGCAUGGGUACAGGGUAUCGUAUAGAGAUGGUAUGAUGGAGCAUGAACCGAAGCCAUGUGCUGCAGUGAAAGGGACUCAGAUAAUGAUUGAGAACUUAUUUUAUAACAUGACUGCUCGGAGGAAAACACUUCAGAAUUCUGCUGAUGAUUAUCCAAAAAUUGUGGACCUCCUAAGUCGUUUUGCCAUUCAUCACAUAAACGUGAGCUUCUCUUGCAGGAAGCAUGGAGCUGCUAGAUCAGAUGUACAUUCAGUUGUGACAUCCUCAAGGCUAGAUGCAAUCAGAUCUGUUUAUGGGGUGUCAGUUGCUCGUGAUUUGAUGAAGAUAGAGGCUUCUGACAAUGAUCCUUCUUCUUCAGUUUUUGAAAUGACUGGUUUCAUCUCCAAUUCCAAUUAUGUUUCAAAGAAGAUAACCAUGGUGCUUUUUAUCAAUGAUAGAUUAGUUGAGUGUGGAGCUCUGAAGAGGGCUAUUGAGAUUGUUUAUGCUGCAACCUUGCCUAAAGCAUCAAAGCCCUUUGUAUAUAUGUCUACUGUAUUGCCACUUGAGCAUGUUGAUGCAAAUGUUCACCCGACAAAGAGAGAGGUGCAAAUUUUUCUUGCAGUUAAAUAUUAUAAUUGUUCAUGCUUACUGGCAAAUGAUAUAGGUUUAUUGAUACAUCUAAUUUCUUGCAUUACCUCUGUGGUAAAAUGUGGUUUUUAA